AUGCCGCUGGAAGACGUGCUGCAGUUGGUGCAGGCCGAAGUGCAGACCAAGACGCUUCGAGCUUCGACCGUGCGGCAUGCAGUGGACUCGUUCUACUUCUACUGCGCGCAACGGGUGGAGAAGGUGGAGCUCACGGACGCUUUUCGGCGACAAGUGCUGCGAUACUUUAUCCAGGAGCUCUUUGUCGACGACUUGGCGCGACCGUUUGUGCUUGGACAGUCACUGAACGAAGCAGUUUUUGGCUCAAUCAUCAAGUUGUACCUUGCAGGAGGCGACGUAGAGGCGGCCUGGAUGCUGGUGCAUAGGCUCAUGCGUGCAGUAAGACGAGUGAACGAGCUCGAAGCUCCGAAACUGCACUUUCGGACUGUCGGUCCGUUGCUCGAGCACGAGUGCCGCCUCGAUGAAUUCCAGAGUGCGUAUUCGAAAUGGCAACAGCUGAAGCAGCACGGUAUAGAGUGGACAAAUGCGAUGGAGGAUGCGUUGGUGCACAUGGUGAUUGCGUGUGUAAAGCACAAUGAGCGACAGAGGAACUCGUUGUCCGAGACGGUGGAGGAAGAGAAUUCACGCGACUUGCACUUUCAUGAUCAGAUGACGUCGUUGCUGCAUGAUCUGCAGCUCACGUGUCGAGAAGUGUCUCCGUUGAACGUGGACCGACUGCAGCGUGUGUUUCGUGCUGCUGGAUACGUUGUGAAGACCGUGCCAAGUGACGCGCGAAUGCGAUCGCGGUGUCCAGGCUGUGGACACGUUUUGGGUAAGCAGGAAAUGUUGGACAGCGAACGCGAGCACAUGCUGUCUGCCAUCGGGUCCCGCCGCAGCAAAGUGCCUCCAGAAAAUACCGUGAAGGAGUAUCUAGAGCCAUUUGAGAACUGGUUGAUGCUUCGACACGAAGAGUUCAAACUGAAGACCCUGGCUGAAGGUGCAGCGGCCAGCAAGUAUCUGCACUAUGUGCUGGACGGACCCAAUAUUGCAUACAUCAACCAGAACUUUGGCGCUGGAACGUACCGUUUGGAUCAGGUUGACGCCGUCGCGAGACAGCUACAAGCGCAAGGCCAUCUCGUUAGCAUCACAAUGCCUGCGGCUUACCUCGCUGACAAGUUUGUGGUGCGCAUUCGUACAAAGCACUACAAGGAGAUGCGGCGGCAAGGUAAAUUUGUCACACGCGAACGGACGGCCGAGGAGAAGGCGAUUCUUGCACGCUGGUACAACGAGGACAUGAUCUAUAGUUGCCGCACCGACUUUCUGUCCGACGAUCUUUUUUGGCUGUACGCGAGCGUGCUGAUGGGACGUCAAGGCCGCGUGGUGACGAACGACCAGGGCCGCGACCACGUCUUUGCUCUCCUCAACAGCCACACCACUACUGGCGAGGGUUCUCGAUCGCACAAGAGUGGCAAGGCAAGUCUACACCCAUCCAGUGACCAUUUGGGCAUUGCUAACAUCUCGUUAGACCUGCUUGCUCGUUGGAGAGACCUGGCGAUCGUGAACAUUGAGAUCAAACACGAAGAAGUCGAGCACAGUGCGGCAGCCGGAUGCGACCCCACUGCGCUGAUUCCAGUCGAGUCCAUCCGACUGCUCCAUCCGCAGCCGUUCUCGCGGGUCCCACAAGUGACAGCCCCUCGGCAUUUCCACUUUCCAAUCGCGGACCAAGCAGCCAGUACAGAGCAUCGAAGCCAAGUACAGCAGAAACGCACUCGAUGGCUCUGUGCGUAUCGUGAAGACGCCAUGAACUAG